AUGUCUACCACCGCCUCUUCAGACCCUGCGCCGGCAGCCACAGCUUCCACAGCCCAACAGCCUGGCCUCGACUAUUGGCGCAGCACGGCGGAUGACGAUGCCGCCGCUCUCGAUUACAAGAGAGAGAUGGACCGGCAGCAGAGGGAGAAGAAGAAGCAGGAGAAGAAGUUUGCAAAGCAGUUCGGCUGGUGGAAGGGCGAAGCGCCAUACAAAGCAGACCGGCCGUCUAAUUUGCGCGCAUACAGGGCGAGUGGAGCCUAUCGCUUCAAGAUGGAUAGUUUCGCCGACUUCGUACAGGCGCAAGCCAGCCCGGUCCGGUCGCGCAAACCUAGCGGCGAAGCGUCUCCCGAUGGUCUCUCAGCAUCCUCAGCAAACCCUGAUCCCGUGCCGACUGCGUCCAAGCCUCACUUUGCACCACCCGCCAGCUACGAUCAAGAUAGGACAGUAGAUUCGCCUGGGGCAUCGAAUGCAGAGACUGAGGAAGACCCAUAUGCCCGGCGAAUGCGACUUUCGCAGGCUUCUACAGCUGACGCGCAGUCUCCGUCUCCAGCAGCGCCCGUACCCGCUCCCUACGCAGCUGUUCCACCCCCGCCUCCUCCACCAGCCGAAACCCCUGCAAACAUCCCACCGCCCCCACCGCAGGCUUCCACACCGUAUAAUCCAACUAUAUCCGCACCUCCUGUCCGCUACAAUCCCACUAUCUCUGCGCCUCCAGUGCGUUACGAACACGCUACUAUCUCUGCGCCGCCCGUUCGCUAUGACAUACCGGAGCAGACGGAUGAGCAGCCACAAGAACGCCCAGCGAAGCGCGCGAAGCUCAGCAAAGCAGAGGCCAUGAUGGCGAAGAUGGGAUACAAGAAGGGAGAAGGAUUGGGCAAGAACAGCGAUGGAAUCACCACGCACUUGGAAGUCAAGGCGCGCAAGGCGGAUAAGAGAGUCGCCGAUGUGUCCGAUGAGUACGACGAAAACGGCAAGGUCAUUAAAAGUCAGCAGGUGUUUGACAUCAUGGGUGGUCACACGAUCAAGCAGAAGGAGCCGGAUAAGUUCGGACAAGAAUCAAAGGUCAUUGUUGCCUGGGGAUGCGUGGAUGGCAUUGACUGGAGCACCGAUGCUGAUCGCGAUGACGGUGGUGUACGGCAGGAGAUGGGACAGACUUUUGAUGACAAGUUCGGUAGAGUGGAACGAGUCUACGUGAAUUUGAGCAGCGAGUCUCAGCCAGUGUACAUCAAGUUCGCGUCCGAGCUGAGUGCUUUGAAUAUGCAGGCUGUAAAUCGUUUCCACGAAGGCUACCAGUUCCGGGGCCGCAGCAUUCGCGCGCAAUACUACAACGAAGCCAAGUUCGAGGCAUCGGUCUUCGACCACUAG